AUCUUGAAAUGGCCGAGAAAGUCCGCAAGCCAACAGCAUGGGAUAAAGUCACAGUAGACAGCAGAUUGGGCCCCAACGUCCAUGGCAGUGAGCACAACGAAGACAAGAAUGUCCUUGACACGCCACUCCACCAACAUUCGACCCGAAGCUCCCUACCCAUGGCCUCCAAAGCCCUCCCCUCCGAGUUCAAAGCCGGCUUCUGCGACGAACGAUCUCCAAUGGCUGCGCAACUAACCCAGUCUUUCCUCGACUUCACCAGCAAGAACGGCGUGAAUUUGAAGCAACUGGGUCUUCGUCCGGGGCAAAAGUGGUGUUUGGCUGCAGAUCAUUGGAAGGAAGCUGCUGAUCGCGAUUCUGGAGGACAGGGAGUCCCGCUGAUUGAUCUCGAGAGCACGCAUAAAGCGGCUUUGAAGACAGUGGAUAUGGAUACGAUGAAGAAGUAUGCGGGGGAUCUUGGGAGCGCGAGGUAUCAGUAUGAUUGGAAUGUGAGGCAUUGA